UCAAACCGGAAAACUCCACCCAAUCGCUCCAAAUUUCGCUCCUAAUUUCUAAACACUCUCUGAAUAAAGUGAAGAGUGAUCAGUGCAAUGGCCUUUUGGGAGUUCGGUGAAAUCCUAGUGUGUCAAUGCCGGUCUGCAUCAAUCAAAUGAAAAUAAUUCGUUAAAAAAACGAGUCCCAGUAUUUUUUAAAUGACUCUGUACUUGGAAAUUUGCUUGGAUCGCAUUGGGCUGAAGAUAAACAGGAUUCCAGCGGCAAUCGCUGGAACGUAGAUGUGUUUAUUUGACUCGAGAUAGACGAUACAUUCGCCAGCGAUGGUUUGUAAUACCAUAGGCCUUUGUUUCAGGUCGGGGCGUUGAAUGCAUUCGGUAUUAUUUAGCGCGGGCUUUGGAUCAGAUCCUCUCGGAUUAUUGAGCUGUGAAGUUCACUGGUGAUGGUUUAAUUGAAAGUGCAUUUAACAUCAAAUUAAAAUCCCGGAGAAUUGCGGGGAAGGAUUGGAGUUUGAGGAGUUGAGGAUUAUUGUGCGGUUUUCAGUGCCAUCGAUUGUCUAGGGGGCGAUAGAGACUUCCGGUGAGAUGGGGCUAUCCUGGACGCUUCAGCAGCGCGACCUCGUCCUCGUCCUUGUCCUGGUAAUGACGGUGGCUGGCGAGCCAUUGACCGGAGCCGUAUGCCAUCGUGUGGAAAACUACACAACGACAGUGAGGGAGUCGUACCAAGAGCCGGUGCAGGUCCAGAUAACCUCCUGGUGCUUCUCAGUGCCCCCGAGGUGCUCGAGAACCCGGACCGAAUGGAGAACCCGUUACACAACAAAAGAGGAGGUGAGACAGAGAGAUGUGUCGGAGUGCUGCGAGGGAUAUGCGCGGCAGAAACUGGUGGUCAAUGGGUCUCAUGUCGAAAAGUGCGUGGCCACUUUGGAUUGCAAACCGGGGUUUAUUGGGAAGCAUUGUGACAUUGAGUGUCCAGAAGGUACUUGGGGUAUUUUAUGCAGGCAUGUAUGCAAAUGUGGUACGAGCAAGGCCUGUAAUAGGAUCACUGGACGCUGUGAGUGCCCAGAAGGCUGGAAGGGGUCGAACUGUACCGAGCCCUGUGAGACUGGAAAAUACGGGUUAAACUGUUCCCUGGAUUGUCCCUGCGGGCAUCUGAACGGAAACUGUCAUCAUGUGACAGGAAACUGUCUCGAUUCAGUAUCGAUCACACCAGAGAUGAGCAAUUGGACACAGCCUGGGCUCGAGGCAUCCACCACGGCUCCUCCGCCCCCCACAACUGCAACUGCAUCAUCAAUGAUGAAAAACACUCGAGUUGAUGAUUUUCCUGAUUCAACAACAAUGAAACCCCAUAACAGUGAAACGAGCAACAGCCGCAACGAAAUUGCCCUGGAUUCCACGGUUGAGACAACGAUAAUUACUGAAUACCAUGAGGUGCAUUUACCAGAGACGGAGGAGUCUACAGUAAGGCCAAUUGUUGCUGUUGUACAUGUUGGUAAAGCACCUUCGAAUAGAGAAAAAAUCGUUGUUGCGCCGAACAUGGGCCCAGAUCACAUAUCGGGUCACACAGUUCCGCUAACCCUGGACGUAGCUGUUGCCGUAGUUAUCGGUUCAAUAAUAUCCCUGGGUUUAACAACCCUGGCAGUACUGGCAAUCCUCCACGUACGUACAAAACUAUUCGAGACUAUUCGUCUCUCGAUUUACGACGCCGAAAAGCCGGACCCAACGUCAGCAACACUUCCACGUGAAAAAGGAAGCACUGGAAUCACAACCAUAAAUCGUAGUGGGACACUAACUCCAUGUGACUAUGAGACACCCAGGUGUAUUGUUCCCCAGGGAUCGAGGACACUGCCAAGGCCGAGCAGUGUGAUGACAAGGGAGUCGACUUAUUCUAAUCAAUAUCCGAAUAUUCAACUUUUUAACAGUCUCAGAGAACUCAUGGAGGCACAUUACGAUCGUCCACCGGCGGCCAACACCUUUCGACAAGCCCCCGGCGAUGCCGAAGCUGAACAUCUCUAUGACGAGAUCCCUCUGCAGUCUAUCAAUUUUGGGGAGAAUAAACACGAUUUACUGAAGUGAAAUGAAACCAAAAAAGGAAAGGAAUCAUCAUUCACGCCAAAUAUAUUUUCAUUCUGUCUGAUUUAGUUGGGGUAUGAAAAAAAUUGAUGGAAAAACGUCGCGCCUUUUCUGAAGAAUUCUAUUGAAAUUCUGUUGGACUUCUACUGAAAUUUUAAUUUACAUUUUUUUGCAGAAAAAAUUAAUACGUACGGGGUUUCAUGAACGUAAUUUAUAAAUACGACGUAAUUUAUAAAUUACGUUCAUGAAACCGUCAUUUACGGUGAUUUUAAGCGCAACUUACGAAUGCGAAAUUGUCAAUUGCGUUUAUGUAAUCGUAAUUGACAGCAAUAUCGAGCGUUACUUCCACUUCAACUUCAAGCGUAAAAUACGUUUCAGAAAGCGUAAAAGACGACUUCUCAAACGUAAUUUACGUUUAGGUUUUUUAAUGCCUUUCGUGAUGGGAAACUGAAAAAAUCCAGCGGAGAAAACUUAGAAUAUUUAUACCGAUGAAUUCCUGCAGAAAGUCUCAAGAGAAUAGAAUGGAACUUGAACAGAUGUCUUGCAGAAUUUCUGGGAAAAAUCUCUGAAUUUUCAUGAGAUUUUCAUAAGGUUCGACGUAAACGAUCUCUUGUGAUGAUUUUUUCUGAAUCUGUUUCUUGCGAAGAUAUGCACAAAUUCAGAAAAUGACUGUUAAGCUCAUCUCCCUCUAACUCCCAAUUCAACUCAACUAUUUUUACACUUGACAAGUG